AUGGCGGACAAAGACGAAAACGAAAAGACAAUCGAACAAGACUUGGUUGUUACCAAGUAUAAAAUGGCCGGCGCAAUUGUUAACCAGGUCCUGAAACAGAUCCUGGAGAAAUGCGUCGCCGGUGCAUCUGUCAGGGAGACUUGUGAGUACGCUGACAGUUUGUUGCUCGAAGAAACUAGUAAAGUUUUCAAAAAGGAGAAAGAGUUGAAAAAAGGCAUCGCAUUUCCAACGUGCAUAUCUGUUAACAAUUGCAUUUGUCACUUUUCACCUAUCGCCAGCGAGCCAGAUCUUAUUUUAAAAGAUGAUGACAUGGUUAAAGUUGAUCUGGGUGCACACGUUGAUGGUUUUAUAGCUGUUGUCGCACAUACUAUUGUUAUCGGUUCUUCUCCAGAGAAAAAAGUAACUGGAAGGAAAGCUGAUGUAGCUUUAGCUGCGCACUAUGCUUCUCAAGCUGCCUUAAGACUGUUGAAACCUGAUACUGAGACAUACGCAAUAACAGGAACAGUUGAAAAAAUAUGUGAAGCGUACAAAUGUAAGCCAAUAGAGGGUAUGUUGAGUCACCAGCUCAAGCAAUUCAAAAUAGACGGUGAGAAAACUAUAAUACAGAACCCGAACGACGCACAAAAGAAGGAGCACGAAAAGUACACGCUGGAAACCCACGAUGUGUACGCGAUGGACGUGCUAGUAAGCACCGGCGAGGGUGUGGGUCGCGAGCAGGAUACCCGUGUUACUAUUUACAAAAAAACCGAGGAGACGUAUCAGCUGAAGUUGAAAGCUUCGCGUAUGUUCUACUCAGAAGUAACCCACAAGCACGGACUCAUGCCUUUCAACCUGCGAACCUUCGAGGACGAGAAGAAGGCCAAGAUGGCUGUCGUCGAGUGUGUCAACCACAAGCUGAUCGAGCCGUUCCAAGUUUUGUACGAAAAGCCUAAUGAGUAUGUAGCGCAGUUCAAGUUUACAGUAUUGCUGAUGCCCACUGGACCUCACAAAAUCACUGGAUUGCCGUUUGAAAUUGAUUCAUUCCAAUCUGAUUGUGUUGUAGAAGAUCCAGAGCUUAAGAUGCUCCUUAACUCAUCGGCAAACCCAAAAUCAGCAAAAAAGAAGAAAAAGAAGGCUGAAAAACAAGUAGUAGGUGAAGUCGCCAUGGAAGUUGACGCCAAGGCUUAA